GCAUUUCCGAACACACCGUCUGCGGAGAACUACCGUCACUUCGUUGUGCGUUUUAAUUAAUAUAAUACAUAUAUACACACAUAAUACAUACCCACAUAUAUAGACGCAUUUUUGAGUAGAGGAAUAGAUAAUAAAGAAAAAAGAAGAAAAAAAAAAACAACAUUCAAGAAUAAAACAACUCAUAUUGUAUACAAUAUACGUAUGAACCAUACACAUAUACGUGUACGCACAUUCGUUCUAUUCAUUGUUAUUCAUAUAAAUCGCACGACACUGUUGAUAACGAAAAUAUUCUAAACUCGAGCAACGAAAUAUAAAUAAAUAAUUUUAAUCUUUAUUGAACAUAAAUAACAUUGGGUUUUUUAUAAACCUCGAAGGGCGCAGUGCCUCGUCAAGGAUAUUUUGAGGGACGACAAUUUCUACGGUCGUUGAACACUGCCCUCGACUUUGGACAGUUUGUCAAUUAUGGUAGUCGGUUUAUAAACCGAGAGGCUCCGAUCGAAGGAUUGUGAACACGAAGUAAUCGCAUAGUGAAAUUGAACGAAAGCAAUUCUGAAGAAAAGAACCAAUAUUCGAACAGUGACCGGAAGUAUCCGGAUUUGAUUGAGUGGUUUGAGUUUUGGUGAUUAAAAAAUUUUUCUUUCAAUCCUCUCCUCUUUUCUAAAUGAGAAAUUCAGUGACAAUAAUCGUAAAGUAGUUCGAUAUUCGAACAAUCUACUGAAUUUUUUCGUAAGAAAAAAAUUAGUUAAAUAAUUGAACUCGAGUCAAUUAGAGGAAGUGUCCCAAAAACGGCUGCAAAAUUGAGCUCGAUUUGCAUCAACGGGCCGCCGGCCAUUUUAUGAGAGCCGGCGGCGCGAUGUGCGACGGAGGAUUUACGGAGACAUUCCGUGGUAUGCAGGGUAUGUCUGGUGCUUCACCGCCCGGUGGUGCCGGCGGUGGUCCAAUGGGCAUGACCAUGGGGAGUCCCAUGAACGCGGCCAACAAGAAAAUCCAAGAAGAUCACAUAAAGAGACCGAUGAACGCAUUCAUGGUAUGGUCACGGCUGCAACGGCGAAAGAUCGCCCAGGAGAAUCCGAAGAUGCACAAUUCCGAAAUAUCGAAAAGACUCGGAGCCGAGUGGAAAUUGCUCACCGAGGACGAAAAACGCCCAUUCAUAGACGAGGCGAAGAGGCUCAGGGCGAUGCACAUGAAGGAACAUCCCGACUACAAAUACAGACCGAGGAGAAAACCAAAAACUCUCAGAAAAGAAGGAUAUCCCUACAGCAUCCCGUACCCCAGUGUACCAAUGGACGCCCUCAGAGCGGGAAUGGCCGGUGGAAUGGGACAAGCUAGCAUGGGUUCCUAUUACGGUCCCGCAGCAGCUUAUGGUACAUUAUCUGCCGCCAGUAUGGCAGCCGCCGCUGCUGCUGCCGCACAGCAAUCAGCCGCCGCGAUGUCUGCCGGUCUUGCUGCACCUGCGCAGGUGGUGAGUUCGAUGGACGCCAUGAAGUAUUCGAUGGAGGCGGACAAAUACCGAGCAGCUUACAUGCCGCCGAGUACACUGGCGAUGAGCAUGUAUUCGGAUCCGAAGUAUUUGGACUCGAGUCCGAAGUCCUAUUUGGAUCGGGGUUAUCUCGAUUCGGCGAUGACCAAGGCGUACUUCGAGUCGUCGAAAAUGUACAUGGACCAAAAAUCGGUGGAUUACAACCGCACGAGUUACGAACCGAACAAAUUGUACGAAGAAUCGAGUCCGGUAGGACCUGGUAGAUCGCCGGCGGAAUCGCCGGACAUGAGCAAACAGGCCGAACGAACGGAACAAGGAUCGUCGAGCGCCAGUUCUACCUCAACGUCGUCCGCGGCCAGUCCUGGAGGACUGAACAGUUACUAUCCAGGAUCGGGACAAUCUGGAUUACUGCCACCCCAAAUGGGACAAUAUCCGGGAUAUCAAGCCUCCCCCGCACUGGUAGGGAACGAAUUCAGACGACCGUUGACGGUUAUUCUCUGACCCGACAGAGUUUAACCCGUAUAUUUUCAAAGGUGAUUAUCAUUAAAUUACGGGUUUAUUUUCAUCGAUAAAAUUACUAUUACUAUUACAAUUAUUAUUAUUAUUAUUAUUAUUAUUAUUAUUAUUAUCGCCAUUAUUAUCGUUAUCGAGAUAUCUUUCUUUUCGCCCCUUCUACGCGGCGUUAAAAUUUUCGAUUUUUAAUUACCCUCCACACGCGUACGGUUGGAGAAUGAUCGGUGAAAUAUUUUAUCGCCGCUAUUACAUCGCGUCCUUUCAUAUUUUUAAAAAUAUUCAGCAGAUUAUUGUAAAGAUGUAAAUAGUAAAAAUUAUGCAAUGAUAUUUUGCUUGUAAAUAAGCGCAGAUAAUUAUGAUAAUUCACUAAUCUAUAUUAUAAUAUAUUAUAUUAUAUAUAUACAUAUAUGUAUAAAUUGUUGCAACUACAGUUCGGAAAAACAUAAUAUAAAAAUUAAAUUUCCUAUUGUAGCGGAACGAUGUUAUGAUAUUGUAUAAUAAUUGCAUUUCAUCAUUUAUAUAUAUAUAAAAAAAAAUAUAUAAAAUUAACGAAUAAUAUUUAAAUAUCCAUCAAAGGGGACCCGAGGUCUCCGUAUUGUAAAUAGAUGUUGACUAUAAUAUAGUUGAAAUUUUGAAACGCGAUCCGCCACGAAAAAUUCACGAGUUGAAAACGAUACGAUACAAAAAAACGAUGUUGAAUUGAUUUCAAUUUCCAAAAAACACCCUGAACGUAAUAGCGAAUUUCGACGCCUCGGGUGUCGAGUAUGCAAAAAAGGUGUUCACUACACGCGACGCGGUGUAAUUGAAUUUAGAAAAUUUAUUCGAAUUAAAGCGUUGAAAAUAAAAUUCUCAACCUUCGACUGUGAAUCGACUUCGUACGUACGCGUUGAUUUUCAGCCGAAGGGUUCGAUUGGACAAACAAUGGCGGAUUCGACAUGUACAGUGUAUAACCUUUAUAUUUGUAUUGUUAUGGAUUAUUAUAAUUAUUAUUAUUAUUAUUAAUCUUCUUAUUUUUAUUAUCAUUAUUAUCGACUCUUAACGAUUAUUCGAAUACUUCAUUAUGAUAAUUAAUCAAAGAAUAAUAAAAUAAAAUAAAACAACAAAACACGCGAAACGAAAAAACAUAAAUCCCUCCCCCUUUUACCCCAAAUAUGCAUUAUACACGCACGCAAAAAACAAUUACUUAUAAAUCUAAAACUGUAAGUUAUAACGAACAGAUAAAUUAUAAUUAUAAUAAGAAUAAAAAACCAACAUAUUAACUUU